AUGUCUGCACCCAUGCACUUCUCACGCACACCAGCCGAAGAGAUUGCAGGUCGGCUUCUUGGACUCACCAAACAGUGCUGCGUCCAGGACGAUCGGGGCAUCGGCGACCACUGUAUUCAGGUUCUUCAAGUCCGCCACAGCCUCCUUCACUUCCUCCUCCUUGGGCAGCUCUUACUUGGCGUCCACCUGAAUCUCCUGCUUCGCCUCUUCCACGGCGGCUGCCACAGCCUGCACUGCAGCUUCCAUCUUGGGCUCGUCCUUGGGUUGCGAGGCCUCGGCUGGGACUGCCUCCUGGGACAGCCCUCCCAGGAAGAAUUGACGGGCGCUUCGGUGGAGGCUUUGUGCCUUCUCCACCAGUGCCGACACCUUGCUGUUCUGGCAAUCCAUGACGAGUAA